CAAAAUUGGACUUAGAAAAAACUCUGUCUAGAGAAAGAGAUGAAUUGACACAGAUAAAGGAUGAUUUAGUUUCAGCACAAAAAGCAUUAUCUGAGAAAGAUUUCCUCCUUCAAGAAGCUAAUGCUUGUUUAGCAGAGCAGAUUUCGAAAGCAUCUAGUGAGACCAAUAGGGUGAUUGGAGGUAUUAGUGGACUGGAGAAAGAUGUCUCCAAGAUAGCUGGCCGAUAUACUGAUGAUGUAAAGGGCGCAUCUAUGGUUAUUAAUAGCUACCUCCGUAAAGGUGAGUUUGUUGUAUUUGAUCUCAGUAGACCAGAGGAUGAUCCUCUCGCAAUUCAACUAAGGUUUGAUACUCUAUUGAACUUGCAGAAGGAAAUUGAGGCGAGGCAGAAGUACAAGGAAAAAAGUACCUCACCUAAUAAAUAG